GUUUCCGGCGGAGGCGUGUCCCCGCUGCACCGGCCCCCCGCCAUGGAGGGGAAGGAGGACCCGCUGGGCUUCUUCGCCUCUUACGGAGGAGGCGGCGGCGGCAGCGACGACGAGGAGAGUAGCAGCGGCAGUAGCAGCGGCUCCGGGGCGGAAGGCGAGGCGGGGCCCGGGCCCAAGCGGGAGGGGAGGCCGCCCGAAGGAGUCCCAGAGGCCCGUCCCCGGCUCCCGGGCCCCGAGGAGCUCUUCCGCAGCGUCCACCGGCCGGCCUUCCUCUACAACCCGCUCCACAAGAAGAUCGACUGGGAGAGCCGCGUCCUCAGGGCCCCCGAGGAGCCUCCUAAAGAAUUCAAGGCAUGGACUACCAAUGCUGUGCCACCCCCAGAGAGUUACAGUGUCAAAGAAACAAAGCCGCCUCCUCCUCCUGAGCUUGAUAUGGCAAUCAAAUGGUCUAAUAUAUAUGAAGAUAAUGGUGACGAUGCUCCAAAACAUGCCAACAAGGUUAACUUCGUACCAGAAGAUGAAGAGCAAGAUCAGGUCAAAUCAGAUGAUGAAAAGGAAGAACUGUCUUCAUGUAAGAAACGCAAGCUAGAUACUGAAGAGCAAACUAAGAAAAAGAAGCAGCGGUGAAUCAUAGAGUUUUGAAAACUUGAUUAUCGGACAUGGAUUUCUGCUGGACCUUGAUUUCCCUACUGGAGCAAGAGAGGGAAAACUCCACAGUGUUGCACAGUACAACACAUUUAAGGAUUCUGUAACUUGUGUGAUAUAUUUUAUCAUACUGGAAAUUCUGGAUCAAUUGGUAUUGUUAUAGAUGUCAUAGGUAUUUGCUCAAGUUGUUUCACUGAGAAACCUUUUAUUUUAAGGCACAACUUCUAGAAUAUUGUGAUAAAUAUUUGUGUUGAUACAGACUUCACAGUUCAUCUAUGAAACUGAUAAUUAUGAGAUUUGUUUACAAAAUUUUUAUUGUGGCAGAAUUAUUUUUUAAAUCAGUAUAUGAUGGGGGAGUUUUUGACAUUGUAUUGUGGUACCAGUGAUAUUAUUAUGAAAUGUGUGUAAAGUAUGUAAAUAAGUAACUAAAAUAAAAGUACAGUAUAUGUUUA